AUGGACUGCUUCUUCCUCCCAAUCUGUUGCCAGGUCACUGACCAAAACCCUUGCCGCAUUAAGAUUGUCGGCCCAACAUUGGGUUUCAUCAUUGGUAUCUGUGCUGCCAUCAUCUGCUGGCCACUAGGAUUGUUCGCGUGUAUCUUCUGUAUGCGCGAUUCCGGAAACAGGCUGUUUGGGUAUCCAGUGAGCAUUAAUGCACAAGUGUCGAAUGCUAUACCGUUUUAG